CCCUACUCUUUCAGAAAUAGGGUUUUCUCGGGUUGUCGCUUCUUGGAAUCGAUUAUAUAAAGCUGUCCUCAAAUCCUCAUCUUCCAUUCCGUUCCGUGAAGCAAAGGAUACUCGGAGAGGCUAGGGUUCCUCGGGACAUCAACUUUCAACUAAGUUUGCUCUGCUAUAUCUGUAGAUCGCCAAAGUGGAGGUAGUCAAGUUUGAAGCUUCUUUUAUGUCUGAACGGGCCUCUCUCUAUUUGGGAUCGGUCGGGCUUCUUGGAGAGUAUUGUCCUACUUCAAGGAAAAAGAACAGCCGCUGCAUGCAUCUCGGGCCGUUGCGGGAUUUAACUCAUUAUCAGGGUUGCUAUUGGAUGCAGCCUUACUCAUUUGUUGGGAAUCAGUCCUGUAUUGAAGAAGGAAGUGGCCUGCUGAAAAAUAAAAUUCCUGCCAGUUCAGUAGCCUUCAACUCAAGCUUCUGCUCUCUCUAAUAUAUCUGUCAUAGCAUUUGUGUUCUGAAAAGUAAAGAUGGCGCUGCAAAACAUUGGUGCUUCAAACAGUGAUGAUGCAUUCUACAGGUAUAAGAUGCCAAGAAUGAUAACCAAGAUUGAAGGACGGGGAAAUGGCAUCAAGACCAAUGUCGUCAACAUGGUAGAUAUUGCGAAGGCUUUGGCAAGACCUGCUUCUUACACCACAAAGUACUUUGGUUGUGAACUAGGAGCCCAGUCCAAAUUUGAUGAGAAAACAGGUGUUUCCCUGGUGAAUGGGGCCCAUGAUACUGCAAAACUUGCAGGGCUUCUGGAGAACUUCAUCAAGAAAUAUGUUCAGUGCUAUGGGUGUGGGAACCCUGAGACGGAGAUAGUUAUUACUAAGACUCAGAUGAUCACCCUCAAAUGUGCUGCCUGUGGUUAUGUUUCUGAUGUUGACAUGAGGGACAAACUCACAACCUUCAUAGUCAAGAACCCUCCUGAAACAAAGAAGGGAUCCAAGGAUAAGAAAGUAAUGAGGAGGGCAGAGAAAGAACGCCUCAAGGAAGGUGAGGCUGCAGAUGAGGAGCAGAAGAAGCUUAAGAAAGAGGUGAAGAAGAAGGCUCCCUCUAAGGAUGUGCCCUCCAAAGGAGCCUCAACCAAGAAGAAGGCCAAUUUAUCUGAUGAGGAUCGAUCUUCACCAACUCGCAGCCAAGCUGAUGAGAAUGAAGCUGCCAAUGACGAUGAUGACAUCCAGUGGCAGACUGACACCUCUCUUGAGGCAGCUCGUCAACGUAUCCAGGAGCAGUUGAGUUCAGUUACAGCCGAGAUGGUUAUGCUCUCAACCACUGAAGAGACACCAAAAGCAAAGAAAACAGAAGUUGCUGGCAAGAACGGCACACCAGAAGCAGUCGCAAAAUCUGACCACAAAGGAGGGGAGAAUGGGACUGCUGUUGAGAGCACUCAGGAAAGGCUUGUCAAGGAGAUCAGAGGGAGUCUGAAGAAAGGAUGCACUGUUAGCCAGCUGCAGUCUACCUUGGGAUCCCUGUCAGGUACUCCCCAGGAGGUCAUGAAUGCUUUGUUUGAAGCUCUCUUUGGUGGUGUGGAGAAGGGAUUUGCCAAAGAAGUGGCCAAGAAAAAGAAUUACCUUGCUGCUGCUGCAUCAGGUGAAGAUGGAUCACAAAUGCGUCUGCUGUGGGCAAUUGUGGAUUUCUGUGGAAAGGCAAGCCCUGAAGUGGUGAAGGAGGUUGCUGUGGCUGUAAAGUCGCUGUACGACAUCGAUGUUCUGGAGGAAGAAACUAUUGUACAGUGGUAUCAGGAAGGCUUGGCCGGAGGCAACAAGAACUCCCAGGUCUGGAAGAAUGUGAAGCCAUUUAUUGAAUGGCUUCAGAGCGCAGAGUCCGAAUCCGAGGAGUGAUUUGUGGUAGCUAAGUCAAGCCUUGCGAAGUUACUCGAUUGGCAUCGUUUGGGUUUGUUUCUUCUGUCUUGCUAGUAAGUGUG